AUGAAUUAAAGACCAAAAUUUCAAUUAGAGAAUACUUUCAUUACUCAUCCUCUUCCUCUCUCUUGUUGUAUCCUAAAUAAAUUUGAAACUUAGUAUUAAAUUUGAUAAUUACAAUUUAGAAUCAUUACUGCAGGUUAUGAUUAAACAUGCAAAAUAUUCAAUAUAGAAAGUGGAGCAAAAUUAAACGAAAUGUAGGGACAUAGUAAUGUAAUUUAAUGUAUAGAAAUUGAUUAGAAUAGAGAGUAUUGAAUUUUAAUUAUUAUAGUGAUCUAAUGGCUACAGGUUCAUUUGAUCAUACUAUCAAAUUAUGGAGACCAAAAUCAGGAAUAUGUGUUGAAACACUUAAAGGACAUGAUGCUGAAGUUAUGUGUUUAUCAUUUGGUCAUAAUACUAAAUUGGCAUCUGGUUCAAUGGAUUCAACAUGUAAUAUUUAUGAUAUAGAAAAAUUAAAAAUAUUACAUACAAUAAAAGAUCACAAAAUCUCUAUAGUUGGUGUUAAAUUUAAUGAUUCUAAUGUAUACACUGCAUCAUUUGAUGGAUAAAUAUCAGUAUGAUACAACAAUAAUAAUAGGUAAAUGAUACCAAAACAUUUAAGUAAAUUAUUAAAUUGUAAGAUGAUACUAAAGAGAUAUUCUAAAUGACUAUAGAUCCUUCUGAAAGAUAUCUUGGAACUAUAAGUGGUAAUAAGUAAUGUAAAAUAUGGGAUCUUAAAAAUCUUAAUAAACCUUUACAUACAUUAACUGGACAUACAUAAGAUUUAACAACAUUUACUUUUGAUUAAUUGGGCACUAGAGUUCUUACUGGAUCAUAAGAUUCAACAGUAAUUUUGUAUGAGGCUUCUACUGGUAAGAUGACUUAGAGAUUUUAUGGACACACAGAUGAGAUUGUUAAAAUUGUUUAUACUUAAAAACAUGAGAUUCUUACAGCAAGUACUGAUAAGACUGCUAGAUUAUAGUAUUACUUUAAACUAAUUAAUAAUAGUACAAUAGAUGGGGUUUGCCAAUAGAUUUUAGAUGGAUAAGAGGAUGGAUUGAUGACUCUCUUAGUAGAUUAAAAAGGAAGGAUGGUAAUAACAGUAGGAAAAGAUUCAACAUGUCAAGUGUGGAGAUUGUGAUAUAUUUUUUAUAUAAAUGCUAAUUUACAAGAGUUCAAUAUAUCUGUAAUUUUCAAUAAAAAAUGCAAUUUUUCUGGUGGAAAUGGGAAUGAAGUAAUAAACCUAAUUAUAGUACAUCAUAAUAAAUUCAUUUUCAUUGAUAAUAGCUAUUUUAUUAUUUGGAAUGGAAUUACUUAAGAAAUAACAUAUUUAUAUUAAUAGAGUAAGUGCCUUAAUAUUAUGUUUAUUAAACAUAGAAUUAGUGUAAUAAGAGAUUUCAUCAAUAAAUACAAUUCAGUUAGUAAUAUUUAUUGUAAUACUAAUUACCCAAUUUGAAGAUGAAUUGAAAUGGCAUCAAAUUGCAAAACAUUCAAUAAUAUUUUACUUAUUUUUAAGGACACUUUUACAAUAUAAAGACUUGUUUAACAUAACUUAAUUACUUACAUGUGUAUUAUGGCAACCUAUAAAUCAUUGGAUGUUAUACAAAAAGAAAUAAUUGGUAAUAAAUCAAUUAAAGAAAUAAUCGAUAGAUUUGAGUAAAUGUCAAUUUGAAUUGACUCCACAAUUAUGUAAAGACUCUUCAGAAUAAGAAGAAUAAUGCAGUAGUAAUCUUUAAGGUAGUUCUAGAAUAUCACAAAAUUUAAAAUAAUUGAAAUAACUUUAUAUGAAUAAUCCAUUUUCUUAAAUAGGUGAUUUUGAUUAGAAAACCAUUUCUUAAUUUUAAAAAUAAACUUCUACUUUAGAUGUACCCUAAAUUUGGAAUCUAUUACCUUUUGGUAUUGCACUUAUCAAUAAUCAGUAUGAAAUCUUGAACUACAAUUAAAAAUUAUUAUAUUUCUUAAAAGCAUCAGAUAAUGAUGGAAGAAAUAUAAUAUUAAAUUUAGAUUUAUUGUUAGAGAGGUAUAUCAAUUAACAUAAUAAGUCCUGAAUCAUGGGAGAGUAAAUCCGUAAAUUAAAUUAGUUCACAUUGUAGUAAUCGUUAAAGUAGAAGAUUUCAAACCAAAAGAUAAUUGUCUCUAAUAUCUAAAAGUAAUCAUGAAUAGAGUUCAAUUAAUCCAGAUGGUGGGACACAUUCUCAUCUUAAUGGAAAUUUUGCCUUCAUUUCAAGUAAUAACAAUUAGAUUAGAGAUGAGAUUAUGACCAUUAAAUCAAGAUAUCGUAAUUUAGAUAAAUUGCUUAAGUAAUUUGCCAUGAAAUCUUAUUCAUUAAAUAAUAAUGGAGAUUGUUCAUUUCAAUCUAUUGGUCAAAAUAUUUAAAUUAUUAAGAAAGUCCAAGAUAUAGGUUCCAAAAAAUAUUACUUUAGAAUCAAAGUAUAUGAAUUAGACAUUAUUGAAAAUAAAAUCAAUUAUUUAUUUGUUAUUGAGAACAUUACAAAUAAAGAGGAAUUGCGCUUAUUAAGUGUAAGAUACAAAUUUUAAUAAGUUUUACUAAAUUCUUUAUGUCAUGAAUUAAGAACACCGAUGAAUAGUACAUUAUCAUAAUUGAAUGCAUUAACAUCCUUAAUUUCACCUUAAAUUAGAGAUAAGAAUCUAAUACCUGCCAUAAUAUCUGCCAAAAAGCUAAUGUUUCAAUUAAAUGAUAUUUUGGAUUAUGCAUAAAUAGAUUGUAAGAAUUUUCAUUUAGUGAAUUCACAAUUUGAACUUAAUGAAAUAUUUAAUAUAAUACAAGAACUUUUUCAAUAAGAAUGUAAUGAAAAAAAUUUACAACUUAGUUUGAAAUUUCAAAAUAUCAAUGAUACUUAAAUUAUAUAUAGUGAUAAAGAACGUAUUAUUAGAAUCUUAAUAAAUUUGAUAGAUAAUUCUAUUAAAUUUACUAAUGAAGGAGGUACAAUCUCUGUUAGUGUUUAAUAGGAUAAUUAAUAUAUUCUAUUUUGUGUUUUAGAUGAUGGAGUUGGUAUUUCUGAUAAAAUUCUAGCAAGUAUUAAAAAUAAUAAAGAUUUUUAUAUGUAAGAUUAAUAUCAUAAAAAUGAAACAAAACUUGGUUUAGGAUUGAAAAUAUCUUAAUAAAUUGCCAAAUAUCUUUGUAUAGAUAAAGAACUUAAAAUUGAAAGUAAAGAAAGACAAUUUACUAAAAUUUCAUUCAGAAUAGAAUCUAAUUAUAAAUAAUUAAAUAAUCUUAAAUUCCCCUCCUUUUAAGGAUGUAAUUUUAAUAUUAAUUGUGAUUGUAUAUAAAUCUUAAAUGUUGAUGAUGUUAGAUUUAAUCAUAGUGCAAUUGAAGCUCUUUUAAAUUAACAUAAUAUUAAAAUGGAAAGUGCCUAUAAUGGAUAAUAAGCUGUUUAAAUGGUUAAGAAAAGAUUAGAUAAAAAUUGUUGCAAAACAUAUAAAUUAAUAUUCAUGGAUAUUGAAAUGCCUAUAUCAAAUGGAUAUUAAGCUUCAAAAGAAGUAAUUAAUAUUUUAAUAAUUUAGAUAACUGCCAUUUUAGAUAAAAAUAACUUAACAGAUUAAACAGUUAUUGUAAUGUGUUCUGCUUAUAAUGGAAAUGAAAAUAGUAAUUAAGCUAAGGCUUGUGGUAUUAAAGAAGUAUUACCAAAGCCUAUUGAAUAAAAAUAACUCAAACAAUUACUUGACAAAUAUUUAUUAUGA